AGAGGCAAUGACUACCCCCGACCUCAGUUUUUCUUUGUGAUUUCCUUUUUCCCCCUUACCAAGGCUGGCUUUCUUUUCCUUUUCGGUGCGCCGUCCCCUCGAAUCCCCCUCCCUCAUUACGUGUUGACCGGUCGGUCCUGCCUCCCUAUUUCCCCUCGUCUUUUUCGCUCCCUUCCAGGCUUCAUGUCAUUACCACAGCUAAUUCCUGACAUUCCAGCCCUCUUCGCGCUUCAAACGACUCAGGAAAGGGGCGACAAAAUUUAAAUAUAUUUCUUAACAGAAAUCUGACCCCAGAAAUUCCACUUGCCUGUUUGACCCAGCGGUGUUGUCUGUGGCUUGACUUUCAACAGGAUCACCCUGUCCUAUCUUGUCCUUGGCCCCUGGAACGCACCCUCUACCCCCUGCACCUCCCAGCCCGGUCCUGUGGUCCUCCCGGCCCCCCACCACGUCUGCGGAGUGGGUGCCGGCCCCCUCCCCUGGGGGCACCAGUGAGGAGCUGAACGAGCCUCUGGACAAGCCUCUGGAGAACGAUGCGGAGGGCGUGUGGAGCCCCGACAUCGAGCAGAGCUUCCAGGAGGCCCUGGCCAUCUACCCGCCCUGCGGACGCAGAAAGAUCAUCCUCUCCGAUGAAGGAAAGAUGUACGGACGGAACGAGCUGAUAGCACGGUACAUCAAGCUACGCACAGGGAAGACACGGACAAGAAAGCAGGUGUCCAGUCACAUCCAGGUGCUAGCGCGACGGAAGGCCCGGGAGAUCCAGGUGAAGCUGAAGGUACGCUACGACCAGGCUGCCAAAGACAAGGCACUCCAGAGUAUGGCCACCAUGUCCUCUGCCCAGAUCAUCUCCGCCACCGCCUUUCAGAACAAGAUGGCUCUGCAGGGGCUGUCUAGGCCGCCGUAUCCCACUCCCGGCGGGUUUUGGCAUGGCGGCCUUCCAGGACAGCCUAGGGGUCCUGAAGACAUUAAGCCCUUUUCCCAGCAGAGUUACGCCAUGCAAGCGUCCGGCCCGCCCCCCAUAACAGGCUAUGAGAGCACGGCGGGCCUGUCCAUGUCGCCGGGCACCCCCCCGUGGCAGGGACGCAGUAUCGCCAGCUCCAAGCUUCACAUGCUAGAGUUCUCUGCUUUCCUGGAGCAGCCUCAGGACCCAGAGACCUUUAACAAGCACCUGUUUGUGCACAUCGGUCAGUCCAACCCCACCUUCAGUGACCCGUACCUGGAGGCAGUGGACAUCCGGCAGAUCUACGACAAGUUCCCUGAGAAGAAGGGAGGGCUGAAGGAGUUGUUUGAGAAGGGGCCGCCUAACGCUUUCUUCCUCGUCAAGUUCUGGGCUGAUUUGAGUGCCAACCUGCAGGACGACAGCAGUUUCUUCUACGGCGUGUCCAGUCAGUACGAGAGCUCUGAGAACAUGAUCAUCACCUCCUCCACCAAGGUCUGCUCCUUCGGAAAGCAGGUGGUGGAGAAAGUAGAGACGGAGUAUGCACGGUUUGAGAAUGGGCGGUAUGUGUUCAGAAUCCACCGGUCCCCACUGUGUGAAUAUAUGAUCAACUUCAUCCACAAGCUCAAACACCUGCCAGAGAAGUACAUGAUGAACAGUGUACUGGAGAACUUCACCAUCCUACAGGUGGUGACCAACAGGGACACACUGGAGACCCUGCUGUGUAUAGCCUAUGUCUUUGAGGUGUCUACUAGUGAGCAUGGAGCCCAGCACCAUAUUUACAGGCUUGUCAAAGACUGAGAGAGCCCUGUGGACAGAACCACUAUAUAGCACAACAACAAACCCAACGUUGGACAAUCUCCUCUAUAAGCUGCAAGCACCAUACAAUUGUCUGUCAGGACCCAAAGAAGCACUAGGAGAGUUGCUUGCCCAGUGAAACGACUGUGGAAAAGGUGGAUUGAGAGUAUUGGGAGCUAGAGUGAACUUUACUACUGUGUGAUGUGAGGAGCAGAGGGUGGGAACCUUCAUUGUGGUAUAUCUAUAUGUACCAGAGAAGCCAAACGUCAAGACGAUGCAUGAGAACGUUGAUUUUCAUCUCAUUUUACUAGUGCUUGCUUGUUUGAUUUAUUUUAUUUUAUGCAGCUGCAUGAGCAGGAUUGUGUUUGGUUGUCCAUGGGCGACACCUAAUGACUUAAUGUAUAUUGCACACAGAAGAAAGAAAAGAGGGCAAGAGGACAGAAAAAGAACUUUCAACCCCAAGACUGCACAUCCAUGUCAUUGUUUUUGGUGCCAAUAUUUGUGUUAUGAGUAUAAAUGUCAUGUACAGUACCCAUCUUCACUGAAAAAGAAUCCCAAUGGAAAAUAACAGGCAAAUUAAAAAUAAAUAUUGUAUUCACCUGGUUUAAAUUAUGGAAUUAAAUGCCCGAACUAACUUUGUCUCACACCACUCCAGCAGGUGGCGAUGGCGCAAAAUGCCUUUACUUGUGUCUGACCAAGAGUUCAAAUGUUUUACUCGUCCAUGCAACUGGAUACUGCCUUAAUUUUCCCGGUCUCCAGGCUGAGGAGCUGUGUAGUUGCCUUGGCAAUAGCUAAUGGGGAUCCAAAAAUAGAAAUACAAAUGCUUUUGUCGCUGAUGCAGCACGUGAUGAAAACAACACAGCUAGCUAGCUCCUAAACUUUCAUGAUCUAAAAAUGUCUAAAAUACAGUUGAGGGGUUUCCUCAACGAGAGAGCAACAGCUGCUACUGAGGAGAGGUAAUGGUUAGUAAAAAAAAAACGAUAGUAUCAGGAGGAAGUUGUUUUCAGAGGCUGCUCGACAUUGUUCUUCAACCAAAGAUAAAGUUAACGUUGCACAGAGCAGGUUUGUUACUCAUUACGCUUGUCUAACUUACUCAACCUAAAAUGUAUCGACAUUCGAGUAAUGUUAGUUUAAGUUGUUUUUGAGACGAGGUGUAGGGUUACAGUUGGGGUUAGUGUACCUAUUAAGCCCACGUACCCAUUAAUAUUUUUGCUUUAAAACAUAACCUUUAUUUAACUAGGCAAGUCAGUUAAGAACAAAUUCUAAUUUACGACGAGUGCCAAAUCCGGACGACGCUGCGCCAAUUGUGCGCCGCCCUAUGGGUCACCCAAUCACGGCCGGAUGUGAUACAGCCUUGAAUUGAACCAGGGAUUGUAGUGACGCCUCUUGCACUGAGACGUCACUCGGGAGCCGCUUCCAUAUUUGGAUACAAAUAAAAAAUAAGACUUUUUCUACCAUUUUAAUAUUUCAACCAGUUCAUGUGGUUGUUGUAUCCAUACCCAUUUGUAUUCUAAGCCAAUCAGAUGUUAAGUUAUUGACAGUUGUGUAAAUUCCUACUAGUGUGGAGGUGACUCACAAAAAUACAUUUUCCCAAUAUUUUUAGUACCUUCUCAGAUAAGUGAUCAUACUUCAUGUAUUGUAA